GCCAGGUGAGUCCUGGCCGGGCGAGGAGUUCAGCCACAAGGGUCUCGGGAGUUGGGGAUGAAUGGGCGGCGGCCGGCUCUCAAAAAGCGAGUGGAGAACAGAGCAGUGCGGAAUCGAAGUAGAACUUACCAUUCCGACUGAGCUGCCUACCCUCCACUCUUUUGCUAUUUGCAUUCUCCUUCUUCUCUCCAGAAGCUUCUCUUAGUUUCUUUUGCUGGCGACUGUUGUCACGUUGGUCUCAGCUACUGUGUGUUUGGGGACAUCCGAGUGACACCUGCCAUGUCCUUCGACUUUGGUAUAGAGUUGUUAGGCGGCUAGGCUUUUACAGCCCUGCAUUUUUACCUAACCCUAACCCUCCCUUGACUCAAGUAUUGGGCAGUUAGUUAUUUUACUUAGGAAUCCGUACGUCAAGGCCAGAGCCAGGUGAAUGUGAAGUUAUGAACCAAGUUAUAGCAGACUGCAUAUAGUUUUGGUUUCUUCUCCCCUUCUUGAAAAAAUAAUGUCUGCAUUUUUUCAUCUCAAGUAUAAUAAAUUUACAGUGUUUGCCAUAGAACAUUUGGUAAGGACUGCCCAUGUUGUGGUGCUCAGAUCCACUGGGAGAAAUCAGACAUUUGGACUCAAUCCAAACUUAGAUUAAAUGAACUUAAUUCAUUUAAUAGAAUUGUAUUGUAUAUAUUGUAGAGCAAAUACAGCAUGCCAUGCAAAAAGUGAAUUAAGGUGGAUUUUUAAGGUGGACAUCCAAAAGGUGUAUAUUACCGACAUCCAUGGAAACCACAUCUGAUCAGGAAAAUUGUCUUCUCUAAGUUGUUUCUUCUGUUCUUGCUUAUAGUAAUAGAAAGACAACUUUAUCCCUUUCCCAUAGCAAUAGUACUUAUACAAAAACAAAUCAGCUAUUAAUGCCUCACAGCCCAUUAGCUGAUUCUUAUCUCACGUGCAGGCCAUUAGGAUCUCCCAGGUAUUCCAGAGCAAAAAGUCAAUACCCUUAAGGGAUGCCUGGCUCCAGGUUAAGUCAUCACAGAGGACUUGUGUAAAUUAUAACUCAGGCCUGAGCUCUAAUGACUAAGAUAGAGCAGUUCAUUUCUCAGUGGGCAAAACAUAAUGCCAUUAGGUUAUGGCUGACUGUCUUGUCACCAUGCCCAAAUUUGAACCAAAUCAAAAAACAGGAAGAGCAGCCCAUUUUUCUUUCUUUUUUUUGUGAAAUUAAUUUUUUGAUUAUUUAUUUUAUGUAUAUGAGUAAUCUGUCGCUGUCUUCACACACACCAGAAGAGGGCAUUGGAUUCCAUUACAGAUGGUUGUAAGCCACCAUGUGGUUGCUGGGAAUUGAACUCAGGACCUCUGGAAGAGCAGUCAGUGCUCUUAACCACUGAGCCAUCUCUCCAGCCCCAAGAGAAUAUUGUUUUCUUUCAAGUUUUUUUUUUUUUUUUUUUUAAGAUUUAUUAUGUAUACAGCGUUCCACCUGCGUGUAUGCCUGCAGGCCAGAAGAGGGCACCAGAUCUCAUUACAGAUGGUUGUGAGCCACUAUGUGGUUGCUGAAAAUUGAACUCAGGACCUCUGGAAGAGCAGACAAUGCUCUUAACCGCUGAGCCAUCUCUCCCGCCCCCAUUUUUCAUCUCUAUAAGUUUUCUCUAAGACUCAACACUAUUAAAGAAAAUAAUAUUGUUCUAGAACUGAUGUGUUGCUCAUUACCUUAGCACUUCUUAAUAUUUAAUGUGUGUCAGGCACUGGGAUUGGUAAGCUGGAGAAUAAAUGGGCUACUAUCAUUUGUAUCUCAUUUUCCAGCACGGGAGAUUAUACAAAUGAAUAAUUAUGAACUAGAGGGCUAGAUAAAUGGUUCAGUUAUUAGGAGUACUGGCAGUUAGCGUCCCAAACACUCACAUGGAGGCAGGCUCUAAUUAUCUAUAACUCCAGUUUGAGAUCUGACACACACACAGAUAUGUACAACACAAAACACACAAUAGUAAUAAUAAUAAUAAUGAUAGAAUCAUUAAAAUUUCUAACUAGAUAGGAUAAUACUUAACACUUAUUACUUAGUUUCUGUAAUCAUAAUAUGACUAUAAAUACUUCUAUUGCAUUAAGGAGUCUAAUCCUUAUGAAUCAGGUUCUGUGGAUUUUGUGGAUAAAUGGAUGUUGGGAUGAAGAUAAAAAGAAGGAACUAAAGAACUCCAGACUUGGACAGAAAAGGUGUCCCAGGGGAGAUGACACUAGAACUGACUAAAGGGUUUAUAGGGGCUGGAGAGAUGGCUCAAUGGUUAAGGGCACUGACUGUUCCUCUAGCGGUCCUGAGUUCAAUUCCCAGCAACCACAUGGUGGCUCACAACCAUCUUCAAUGAGACGUGUCUGAAGACAGGGACAGUGUACUCAAAUACAUAAAAUAAAUAAAUCUAAAAAAAAGGUUUUAUAGGAUUUCAUUAGGCAGUAGGGAAAGUGUGUUGAAUCUUUAGAUUGUCCAUUAGUGCUUUUUGGUGUGGUCAGAGUACAAGGUGAGGUAGAAUGCAGCAGGAGAUUGGAACUAUUGAGGAAGAGAGAGUUGGUUCAAGAAUGUUGCCUAAGUGUCAAAGAAGGCUCUGAGCUUUUUAAAAAUAGGUCAGUACUUUUUUUUGGUCUGAAACUCUAUAUGUAGCUUGGCUGAUUAUUAAAAAUCUUUAUUUUAUUUAUGUAUAUGGAUAUUUUGCCUCCAAGUGUGUCUGUGUACCACAUAGAUGCAGUGCCUGUAGAGGACAGAAGAGGGUAUUGGAUUCUUUGGAAUUGGAGUUAGAGAUGAUUGUUAGCCUUCAUGUCUGGGAAUCAAACUUGGGUCCUCUGGAAGACCAGCUAGUUCUUUUAAACUUUGAGCCAUCUUUCCAGUUUCUUGGCCUUGUUUUUGUAAUCCCGAGCCUCUCACAUGCUGGGGAGGUCAGAACUCUAUGAGGUGGUAGACUUUGCAUUGGAAUCAUUUGAGGGUAUGUCUGUUUUCAAACCUUCAGAGCAAAUAGAGAUGACUCAAUGGAUUAAAUGUUUGAAUGGCCAUAAAAAAGAGGAAAACUUAGAGGAGUAGUUGUAUAAUUGGUGUUUAAGGUGUUAAAUAGUUGUCCCUGCUUCGGACUCUGAGAUUCUGUUGAUUGAAUAUGCUGUCAGUGGAUCUUAGGUUCAAGUAAGGAAGAAAUAUAAGUAAAAUAAUUUCUAAAUGCUGCAAAGAAACUAGGUUUAAGUGAAAGAGAAUGCCACUGGUGUGUAUGGUGUAUGGUAAGUGGUCUCAUACCUAAGCAGGUAGGUGUCUGGAAUGAAGUGGCACUUCUGAUUUGCCUUGAAUGGUGACAAGAGGAGAACUACAUAGAAAUGUCUAGGCAGAAGCCUGAGGCAAGAAUGAGGUUGGCCUGUGUGGUGGUUUGAAUAUGCUUGGCCAAUGGGAAGUGGCACUAUUAGGAGGUGUGGCCUCGUUGGAAAGUGAGGCACUGUGGGGGUGAGCUUUGAGGGCUCCUAUUGUUUAAGCUCCACCCAGUGUGGAACAGAGAGCCUCCUUCUGGCUGCCUGUGGAAGGAAGUUCUUGACUGCCUUCAGAUUAAGAUAUACCAUUCUCAACUCUUCCUCCAGCACCACUUCUGCCUGCUGCGUGCUGCCAUGCUUCCCUCCAUGGUGUUAAUGGACUGAACUUCUGAAACUGUAAACCAGCCCCAGUGAAAUGCUUUUCUUUAUAAGAGUUGCCUUUGUCAUAGUGUCUCUUCAUUGCAAUGAAACUGUAACUAAGACAGCUUGUUAGAAGGCCAGUAUAGCUGGUGUACAAGAAAACUGUGCCAAGAAAUAAUGUUGGAGAGGCAGGAGGAAGUUAUUUGAACACAACCUUGUAGGCUAGACAAGGCCUGAUGUAAAUUUAGGAAGACCAUUCUGGUUGCUGUAUGGAAAAGUGGUUUUGGGGGCUGUUUUCGUUGAAUAUGUAGACACUUCUAGUAUAUAGACAUUUCCUAAUCUUCAGAACCCACAUAUAAACUACUUGGAAAUAAAAUAUUUAUAGUUGUAAUUCACCUUAAGAUGAGGUCAAAAUGAAUUAGGUUGGGCCUUAAUCCAAUGACUAAAAUCUUUUUAAGAAGAGUGAAAUUUGAACUUAGACACACAAGGAAAAUGCCAUGUAAAGGAAGCAGAGGUUCGAGCAAUCUCUCUACAAAAGCUUGGGUAGCAUAGCAAUAGAGGAGAGGUAUAAUCAGACAUACUUUUUAUUUACAUGUACACGAUAACAACAGUUUCUGUCUAAAAUUGUAUUAUUAUUAUUGUAUGUAUGUGUAUGGGGGGGAUGGGUGCAUGUCACAGGAAGGACCACUUAUUAAACAUUUGGGUGAGACAAUGUUAAGAGGCUGGGUCAGAUGGUAAAUGACCACUGUGUGAAACAGCACAGAAUGGGAUUAUAGGGAAAGAUAGAGCUGACUUGUGCUGGCUAGUUUUAUAUCUACUUGAUACAACUUUGACACCUUUUAGAAGACAGAACCUCAACUGAGAACUCGCCCUACCAGAUUGGCCUGAGGGCAAGCUUUUGGUGCAUUUCCUUGAUUGCUGAUUGAUGUGGGAGGCCCACAUGAUCUUAUUGUCCAAGGUGUGAUAAUAAAACAGGAUGAGCAAGUGAGGAGGAGCAAACCAGUAAGUGACUUCUGCUAUGUCUGCUCUGAUUCCUGCCUUCAGGUUUCUGCUUUGAGUUCCUGCCUCUAUGACUUCUGCUCCAAUUUCUGUCCUGGCUUCUCUCAGUGAUGGACUUAGAGCUACUGAUCAAAAAGAUGGAUUUUACAGAGGCUUAUUCAGACACAUGUUCUACAGUUGGACUUGCUGCCAGAGAAGGCAAUGUUAAAAUUUUAAGGAAACUGCUCAAAAAAGGUCGAAGUGUGGAUGUUGCUGAUAACAGGGGAUGGAUGCCAAUUCAUGAAGCAGCUUAUCACAAUGCUGUAGAAUGUUUGCAGAUGUUAAUUCAUACAGAUUCAUCUGAAAACUACAUUAAGACCAAGACUUUUGAGGGCUUCUGUGCAUUACAUCUUGCUGUGAGUCAAGGACAUUGGAAAGUCACACAGAUUCUUUUGGAAGCUGGAGCAGAUCCUAAUACAACCACUUUAGAAGAAACCACACCAUUGUUUUUAGCUGUUGAAAGUGGACAAAUAGAUGUUUUGAAGCUCUUGCUUCAACAUGGAGCAAAUGUCAAUGGAUCCCAUUCUAUGUGUGGAUGGAAUUCCUUGCACCAGGCUUCUUUCCAGGGAAAUGCUGAGGCUAUAAAACUGCUUCUUAAACAAGGAGCAGACAGAGAAUGCCAAGAUGACUUUGGAAUCACACCUCUGUUUGUGGCUGCUCAGUAUGGGAAGCUAGAGAGCUUGAGCAUACUUAUUUCAUCUGGUGCAAAUGUCAAUUGCCAAGCCUUGGAUAAAGCUACUCCCUUGUUUAUUGCUGCACAAGAGGGUCAUACAAAAUGUGUGGAACUUUUGCUGUCCAAUGGGGCUGAUCCUGAUCUUUAUUGUAAUGAAGACAAUUGGCAAUUACCUAUUCAUGCUGCUGCACAAAUGGGUCAUAGAAAGACCUUGGACUUGUUAAUACCACUUACUAACCGGGCUUGUGACUCUGGACCAGACAAAGUGAGCCCUGUUUACUCUGCAGUGUUUGGAGGACGGGAAGAGUGCCUAGAAACGUUACUCCAGAACGGCUAUAGUCCAGACGCACAAAUGUGCUUGGUGUUUGGAUUCAGUUCCCCUCUCUGCAUGGCUUUGCAAAAGGACUGUGAGUUCUCUGGAGUUGUGAAUAUUCUUUUGAAGUAUGGAGCCCAGUUAAAUGAACUUCACUUGGCAUACUGCCUCAAGUAUGAGAAGUUUUCAAUGUUUUGCUGUUUUUUGAAGAAAGGUUGCCUGGUGGUACCUUGGAAUCAUACAUCUGAAUUUGUAAGUUAUGCAGUUAAAGCACAAACAAAAUAUAAGGCCUGGUUGCCACAUCUCCUGCUUGCUGGAUUUGACCCAUUGAUUCUGCUCUGCAGCAGCUCUUGGGUUGAUUCAGUCAGUGACGACAUCCUUAUCUUUACUUUGGAAUUUUCUAAUUGGAAGAGACUUCCUCCAGCUGUUGAAAAGAUGCUCUCAGUUCGUGCAAACUCCUCUUUCGCUCUUCAGCAGCACAUGGCUUGCUAGACAUAGUUUCCCUUUCUAUUCAUGAAGGGUUACCAAACUGCUCUGGGGAGUCUGAAGAGAGGCCAGAAUCAAAGUCUUUUUCAUACAGCAUUGGGACUACACAACAGCCCGUCUGGGCUGAAUACCUUCCUUCUCAAGGCACAGAUCAUCACAGCAGAGGAAGAGUGCCCUUCAUCUUCACCCACAGGUGGUACUCUAAAUAUGGGACAGCCCAUUUUCCCUCUUCCACUAUAUACUCAAUAAAAUAACAAGUAAAUUAA